AAAGGAAACGGAUUAAGCUCCUCAAACAUGACCCAAAAACCCCACCCCCAACAAACACUCCAGCAACAACUUCUCAUCAACGGCGGCGAUACGCCGGAAAGUUACAUUUACAAAGGUGGCUACAGCGGCGGAGAUUCCAACAAUGAUCCACUUCCAAUGGCGGAGAUUCCGGUCGUUGACCUUUCUCAACUGUCGUCGUCGCCGGGCGGCGAGGCUGCUUUAUACGAGUUCCGGUUGGCUCUUAGUUCUUGGGGCUGUUUUCAGGCGACUAAUCACGGCAUUUCGAGUUCAUUUUUGGAUCAGAUGCGUCAAAUAAGUGAGCAAUUUUUCGCACUGCCUAUGGAAGAGAAGAACAGAUACUACAGAGAAAUUGAUGGACAUGAAGGGUAUGGGAGUGAUUUGAUUUUAUCGGAGCACCAAAUUCUUGAUUGGACGGAUCGGUUAUAUCUGGUCGUGAAUCCGGAGGAUGAGAGAAAGCUCAAGUUUUGGCCGGAGAAUCCUCCAUCUUUCAGGGAAGAUCUACACGAGUUUACAAUAAAAGUGAAGGAGAUAAUUGAAAAUGUGCUGAUCGCCAUGGCAGAAUCCUUAAAGGUGGAGCCUAAGAGCUUUUCCGAGCAGGUGGGGAAGCGUCCUGUUUUAGUGACGAGGUUCAACUUCUACCCGCCAUGCUCGAGUCCCCAUCUUGUUCUUGGUCUCAAAGAACACUCCGAUGGCUCAGAUGAAUGUUUUUUAUAAUGCUUUCACUGAAUGUUUCAAUAAUAGCCUGUUUUAAAUCAACACUCCCAGAUGAAUGUAAAAGAGAAUUAAAUCAGAUAUAUAUGAAAAUGGAAGUCGCAUU